GCUCGGUUUCUCUGCUGUGACGUUAAAACAGUGUAUAAGCAUGUCUCGUGCCCGUCAGCCACCCCUGGUGACGGGUAUUUCCCCCAACGAGGGUGCCCCCUGGACCAAGGUCACCAUUCGAGGAGAAAACCUGGGCACGGGUCCCAAUGAUCUCAUCGGUCUGUCCAUCUGUGGUCAUAACUGUUUACUGACUGCUGAAUGGAUGUCUGCCAGUAAGAUAGUGUGUCGCGUUGGACCUGCCAAGGACGACAAAGGGGAGAUUAUUGUCACCACCAGGAGUGGUGGGAAUGGCACAUCCACUGUCUCCUUCAAGCUACUCAAACCAGAGAGAAUAGGUAUUCUGGACCAGUCUGCUGUUUGGGUGGAUGAGAUGAAUUAUUAUGACAUGAGAACUGACCGGAAUAAAGGAAUCUCUCCUCUGUCACUGAGACCGUCAAAUCCUCUAGGCAUCGAUAUAGACAAGGGGAGAGUUCCUCUGAAGGAUCUGGAGCAGAUGUUCCCGGAGAUGAGUGGAGAUUUCACCAGUGAGAAUUUCUCAGCCACGUGGUAUCUCAUCGAAAACCAUUCCUCCACUAGUUUUGAGAGCUUGCGUGUGGCAGCAGGGAAUCUGAAGAAACAGGCCAGUAAGAAAAAUGAGGGCAGUCUGGCCUAUGUCAAAGGAGGCCUCAGUACCUUUUUUGAGGCUCAAGAUGCCCUUGCAGCUAUUCAUCAGAAGCUGGAGUCAGACGGCACAGAGAAAGUGGAGGGCUCUAUGACCCAGCGACUGGAGAACGUUCUCAACAGAGCGAGUGAUACUGCAGAUGCUCUGUUUCAGGAGGUGUUGGGUCGAAAAGACAAAGCAGACUCAACACGCAAUGCUCUCAACGUCCUCCAACGGUUCAAAUUCCUCUUCAACCUGCCGCUCAACAUUGAACGGAACAUCCAGAAGGGUGAUUAUGAUGUUGUGAUAAACGACUAUGAAAAGGCCAAAUCUCUGUUUGGGAACACAGAAGUCCCAGUCUUCAAGAAAGUGUAUGCAGAGGUGGAGAUGCGGAUCGGAGCACUUCGAAGUCUCCUCCUGGACAAACUGCUGGAGACCCCCUCAACCCUGCAUGAUCAGAAGCGUUACAUCAGGUAUUUGUCAGAUUUACACGCAUCAGGGGACCCAGCUUGGCAGUGCAUUGUUGCACAGCACAAAUGGAUCCUGCAGCUUAUGCAGAACUGCAAAGACGACUACAUCAAAGAGCAGAGAGCGGGCGGGAUGGGUUUGGAUUUGGACGGAGAUCCCCGGCCUAGCGCUCUCAGCAGAAUCAGUCACAUGUCGUCCGUGAAGAGGGGCGGAAGCUUCCAGACUCCCAGAGACGACUCGUGGAAUUACAAGAGCCCUCAGCAGGUGCGUUUUGUGGAGAAACUUACAGACGUGGUUAUCAGUCAACUCCCCAACUUCUGGAAACUGUGGAUCUCCUAUGUUAACGGCAGCUUGUUCAGUGAGACGGGAGAAAAGACAGGUCAGGUGGAGAAGUUUAAAAGGAACGCUCGGCAGAGACAGAAUGACUUUAAGGGAAUGAUUGAGGAGGUAACACGGCGGUUGGUGCAGUUGGUCCGCGGGGCACUGCUGCCGUCCUCGCUGACUGACUCAGAGUUACGUCUUUAUGGAGGCUGGGACAAUAAAACCCCCCUAACAGGACCUUGGCUGACACAGAUCAUACACACCGUAAGGUUGAGUCACGAAGCCCUCUGUGCUCUAGAGAUCCCUAACGAUCUACUCCAGGUGAUCCAGGAUCUGUUGCUGGACCUGCGAGUGUACUGUCUCUUAACCACUCUACAGCAGACUGCAGAUGACGUGAAGAGGCUGGCGGAAAAAGAAGACUGGGUCGUGGACAAUGAAGGAAUCACAUCCUUGCCGGCCCAGUUUGAACAGUGCAUGGUUCAGAUGCUCCAGUCCCUUAAAGAACCUCUGGAGUGUAAACCUGGAGAGGUCAACAUCUUCCAGCUGGAUCAGGUACAGAACCAAGCAUGUGAGCUGUUCCUGAGCAUCACAAAGGUAUUCAUCAGCUGUCUGGAGCAGCUGAGUGUUAAAACGGACAGCCGUGCUGACGCUUCCCACAUUUCCGUCGACGUGCCUUCUCCUGAUCUCUUUGGCAGCGUCCAUGAAGAUUUUAGUCCCAGACCAGAACAGCAUCUCCUCAUUAUCCUGAGUAACUGUCAGUAUUUAGAGAAACACACUUUUCUGAAUUUGGCUCAGCACCUGGAGAAACACAGCUUCACCACCACAGACAAAAUCACACGGGUGGCUAUCAUGGCUGUGAGAGAGCUGGAUGAGCGCCUGUUUGAGUCGUACAUUGAGAAAAAAGCUGACCCUAUUGUAGGAUCUUUGGAACCGGGGAUCUAUGCCGGCUAUUUUGACUGGAAGGACUGCCUUACACCUACAGGUGUGAGGAGUUACCUGAAGGAGGUGCUGGUCAGUUUGAUUGCCGUUCAUGCUGAGGUCUUCACGGUUUCUAAAGAGCUGGUACCUCGUGUCUUGUCGAAAAUUGUUGAAGCUGUAGCUGAGGAAAUGUGUCGCCUCAUGAUGUGUGUGUCAUCUUUUAGCAAGAAUGGAGCUCUGCAGGCUCGGUUGGAAAUCUGCGCAUUAAAAGAUGCUCUGUCAUGCUACCUGACUUCUGAGAGCCAGAGCAGUUUUAAACAAGCAAUGGAGGUUCUACCACAGCUCCAAGGCGGAACCGACAAGAAGCUGUUGGAGGAGUUACUGAAUAAGUUUAAGAGUAGCAUGCACUUACAGCUGACCUGUUUCCAGCCCUCCUCAGUUCAGCCUGUUAAGAGAUAACAGGACCCAUCGGGCUGGACAGGGUCCACUCCAUGCUUUCACGUCAUCUGUGGACCACAGACACUAACCAUGCUUUCAUGAAAAGAUCUUUUCUCUCUUACACUCUGUACUGUGUUUCCAGCUGAAUUCUGUCGCUGUGAGUGUAUGUCUGAUUAUGUCUGUGCCUGUGAGAAUGAGACAGACAGUAAAUGUGUUUUUUGGUUAUUCAUAGUAAUGAAUGUAACACUUCUACUUAUUCCUUAUUGUUGACCACACUUUGUCAUUACAAGUAUGCAUUUCAGUUUCAUGCCAACAGACUGAAUCAAUUGAAGUUUUAGACUAGCUAUGAUAUUUGAUUCCUUAAAACCUUCUUUAACUUUACAGAAUGAAACACUAUAUCUGCUGCUGAACACUUUCUGGACAUUCACUCAUAUAAAAUAAAAUGUCAUUUCCGCUGA